GUUCCGCCUUGGAAAUGGCCUAAACACAUUCGCCUCCCUCUACAGGCCAAAUGCGCUGCUAUGUUUUGGGCUCGGCUCCGAGAAGGUAGCCGAAUCUGAGCCUCUUUCCCCGGGAGCCUGCAGGAACUCGCGACGGUCUAUUUUGAGGAGAAACGAUGGCCCGUUUCCCGUGGCCGGAGCCGCUGUCCACCGCGCAGCUCAAGCGGCUGGAGGAGCACAAGUACAGCGCCUCGGGUCGCUCCCUGCUGGAGCCGCCGUGUCAGCUCUACUGGAACUGGCUCGUCCGGCAAAUUCCGACCUGGGUCGCCCCGAAUACGCUCACUAUCGUCGGGCUGCUGGUCAACAUCGUCUCCACGCUCCUGCUCGUGUUUUAUUGCCCCGCGGCCACCGAGGAGGCUCCAGCAUGGGCCUUCAUCCUCAGCGCUCUGGGCCUGUUCGUGUACCAGUCUCUGGACGCCAUCGAUGGCAAGCAGGCGCGCAGGACCAACAGCAGUUCGGCCCUCGGCGAGCUCUUCGACCACGGCUGUGACGCAGUCUCCACAGUGUUUGUCGCAGUGGGAACGUGCAUUUCGUGCGGAAUCGGCAGAUACCCCCACUGGAUAUUCUUCUGCGGCUUCAUCGGGAUGUUCAUGUUCUUCUGCGCCCACUGGCAGACGUAUGUGUCAGGAACCCUCCGCUUUGGCCUGGUCGACGUCACAGAGGUGCAGUUUGCCAUUAUCACCAUGUACCUGAUGUCUGCCUUUGGUGGGGUGAGCCUUUGGCAGACCACGUUGCCCAUCAUUGGAUUGAAGCUGUACACCUUCCCCAUCGUGGGCAUCAUCGGCGGGGCCCUCUACUCCUGCCACAACUACUUCCACGUCAUUCUCAACGGGGGCGUCGGUAAAAAUGGCUCCACUGUGGCGGACACCAGCGUGCUGAGUCCCGGGUUGCACAUCGGCCUCAUCCUCACGCUGGCCUUCAUCAUCUUCAAGAAGUCGUCCAGCCAGCUCUUUGAGCACCACCCCUGCCUCUACCUGCUCGCCUUUGGCAUGGUCAUCGCCAAGAUCUCCAACAAGCUCGUGGUGGCGCACAUGACAAAGAGUGAGCUUCACCUCCCAGACACGGCGUUCGUCGGUCCGGGUCUGCUCUUCCUCAACCAGUACUUCAACAGCUUUGUCGACGAGUACAUUGUCCUCUGGAUCGCCAUGGUGCUCUCCCUGGUGGACCUAACGGGCUACUGCACGGGCGUGUGCCACCAGAUCGCCGGCCACCUGCGCAUCCACGUCUUCAGCAUCACGGCGCCCGGCCCCGCCCACCGCGACUGACAGCUUGCCCGGCGGGAGGAGGCGGGGGGAGACGCGGACCUCUCCCCGCUCCUGAAAGCAGAUGACGACGACGAUGAGAAGAGAACCUGGACCCCAAGCCUUGACCAAGUGACCACCUCUGCCUAAAAAAAAAAAAGUUUAACUUGCCCACCAAAGUAAACGAAUGCUCUAAAACUUAAAAGAACUCAUCUAAAGAUACCAAAACGUUUUUUUAAGAUCAUUUUUAUCUGCAAAUUUUUGUCGAAACAAAGAAAUUUUUUUUUUUAUUUGUCCAAAUGUGACUAAAUGCGAUCAAUAGAUGUAUUAAAUGGGGGGGGGGG